GUGUUCAAUGUCGAAAUGAGGGGGUGUCAGGAAGGAGAAGAGAGACGACAAGAGAAUGUCUCGGGAUUGACAAGAGUGGGGGUGAAUUUUAGGGACACUUUUUCAUGCGAUUCACCCCCACUGCAAUUCUCUGUCUCCCACCACUGCCUGUGAUACCCUCUCCUUGGUACGAGUCUCGGUGGAGAGACAUAGAUGACUUUGUGAGGUUAAAUUUCCCGUAGUCUUGUGUGAUAUUCAAGAGCACAAGUGUCAAUGAAUUCAAGGAGUUAGAGGUUACAACACGGGAGAUACAUCUGUUGAUGAUAUUGAGAAAUUUUUCAAAAUUUUUGGGGAGAAGUUGGAGUUGUGAACAAGAUAUGGCAGGGAUGAAUCUGAAGACACUCGGAAGGGAGAAAAUCGAGGAAAUAGUCAAUUCGUUCGAGACUAUUUUGACAGACUGUGAUGGAGUUCUGUGGUUUCAGAACAAUCCAAUUGCCAAUGCAGCGAAGACAAUGAAUGCAUUUCACAAUACUGGGAAGAAAAUAUUCUACGUAACAAAUAAUAGUACUAAAACCCGAGAGGAGUUCGCUGAAAAGGCUGAAAAUUUAGGUUUUAUUGCAAGCCCCGAUAGCAUUGUUUGUACAUCAUACUUAGCUGCUAAGUAUCUACAGGAUAUUAAUUUUAAUAAGAAGGUGUACACAAUAGGCUCAUCAGGCGUCGCGAAGGAGUUGGAUAAAGUUGGAAUCUCUUAUUGUGGCGUGGGACCUGAUCCAAUCAACGAGAAACUCAGCUACGAGGAGCUUUUUCCCACUCCAGACCCAGAUGUUGGAGCUGUUCUCGUUGGAUUUGACCUGCAGUUCAACUAUAUGAAAAUGCUGAAGGCAGCGAGCUACCUCAAUAACAAGGAUACUCUGUUCAUCGGGACAAAUACUGAUGAAAGAUUCCCAGCAUCGGAGACACUAGUCGUACCAGGUACUGGGAGCAUAGUGCGAACUAUCGAGACGUGUUCGGAACGUGAAGCAAUAAUUAUGGGAAAACCAGCUCCCUAUGCUGCUGUGAUGUUGCAGAACAAAUAUAAAAUAGACCCAAAACGUACACUAAUGAUCGGUGAUCGUGCUAGUACCGAUAUUCUAUUUGGUAAAAGAUCGGGAUUUAAAACUCUCCUCGUUCUAUCUGGUGCCUCAACCACCAGUGACAUCGAUAAUUGGAAAAAAUCCAAAGACCCAAAGGACAAAGAAUUAAUUCCCGAUUACUACACUGACACAAUCGGUGAUCUACUACCCUACAUAAAAAAUUUAAAUAAUUAAUGAUUUUCCAUUCUAGAAUGUCACAAUUGGACAACACAAAUUUCUAGUAAUAUCUUUAUUUUUAUAUUCUUCGAAACAAAAUAGUUUUCAAAAAUAUAAUAUUUAUUCAAUCCAAUAAUAAUUGUAACUAUCUAAAUAUAGAUUUAAAAAUAU